UCUUUCGCCAUCGAAAAGUUCAAAAGAAAACAACAAAAAAUGCCUCGCGGUCUACGGAGAGCAGAUUUAGUCAAACGACAUCGCCACUCAACGACAGGAGACAAAGACGGAGGAGUACCAGAAGUAAUAGGAUGCCCAGUUUUAGAUCCUAUUAUCUGCCAAUGUCCAAAAGAUGAGAUCGAGCUUGGUGAAGGAGUCAAGAUGACGUGCACUUGGGAAUCAUGCCCGUACUCUAGUAGACCACUUCAUCACAUAUGCUAUCAACUGCUCGAGGACAAUCUUGUCAAGCGAUUAGCCUCACUGGGAAGUGCACGAGGAUGGACAGUGCCACAACGGAGGAAUAACUUAUGGGAGAGGAAGGGUCAGUCCCUGAUCGGAAAGUUCUGCCGAUGUCGCUGCGAUCGGGGACAAAUGACCAGAGACAAGCAGGCUUUAUAUGAGAAAGAGAAGGCUGUGGAAAAAGAGAAGAAGAAGAAGGCCAAGAAAGCAAAACAACUGCCCCAGCUACAAUUUAAUUCUAAACCUUUGGCAGCUAUCGAGGAGAAAAAGCGAGGAGACGCUGAUGUAUUCCACUCACCGUCCAUUGCCUCAAGUACACGGCAUCACACAUUCUCGACGACGACACGAUCGCGACUUCAUACUGAUCGUUCGGCUUCUUCCAUUUUAACACACACUAUUGGAAGAACGUGGUCCGAAUCUUCGUUUGCCGGUGAAACAAAUGGUCAGUACGACAACAAUCAGGAGCCACAUCCAUCAAAUUGUGAAUGCGUAUUUCAUCACGAUUACGACGCUGACGAUCAAAUAGAUACGGAUUUCGAGUGUGAAAGCAAUCACAGCGACGUAAUAGUUCCAGCUCCACUUCCACCACUUCAGGCGAAAAGCUAUGCAGCGACAAUAAUGAGAAACGGGACACCGAAGGUUACAAAUUAUUCACCGGAUAGUGGUCUCGAUCAGCAAACUCCAAGGUUUUCAUUGUCUUCUUCGAGUGGAGGAGAUGUCGAUAAUCAACAUGGAGACUUCCACGUGGAAACUAGAAUUUCCGAGCAUCUCAACGCGUUGGGACUCAGCAUAAUGUCGCCGGUGGAGAAUGCGAAUGAAAAUGUCAAUUAUGAAGAAUCGCCGUUCUACCCGGAGCUGACAUCGACUCCAAUCGUCUCGAAGAAGCAGCGGGAACCUCUCCGAGCGAAAAAGAGCACAUCUGUCUCGAAGCUUCCACUUGCUCCGUCGUCACAGCUAUUCAAUGAAGAAUCGCGUUGUGGAUUCAGAUUCAAUGUGCCGGUUCGCGAAAUGAUGGACAUAUGGCAAGAGUCUGGAGCCUUGUCGCCGGCAAUUCGAGAAACACAGGCUGAAAAUACUGAAAAAAGAGCUGAGAAUGCGUCGGGUGUACUCCAAUAUGGAUGGACUCCAUUCUUCGGCAAUGGCUUCAAUCUCGGAGAGCGCCUCUACUACUUCCCAUAGUCUGUCGAUUUUAAAUUUGUAUUUUUGUUUCUUCUUUUUAUGUGACUUCCUCCGUCCGUCCGUCUAAAUUUCCAAUAUGUCCAUUCCAGUAGAUUCCGUUCUAAUAACACGUCUUUCAAUCAAUUUUUAAUGUAUAGUCAUAUCUUUCCCCCCAGCUCCCACACGAUCAAUUCUUACAAAUUUUUUUUUUGCCCCCAAUUCGAUGUUUUCAUAGAUUUUCCACGAUUCUCGUUUCCCACACAAUUUUUUCUCGCCCCCUGACAAAUAGUAUAAUCAAGCCGAACAUUUCAAAGAUUUCUUUUUUUACCGGAAAAAAAUGUUGUCCUUUCAAAUGUAAUGAAUUUAUUGUCGGCAUGACUUUUUUCCAUUCCAUCUCUUACGUUUUCUUUCAUGUUCCCGUCAAGUUUUAUUUAUUCAUCUAAUUUCUAAAUUGCUCGCUUUUCUCCUGAAACUUUUCCUUUAACAAGCCACCUUUUCAUGUACACAUUCACCUGAUUUGUGAGCUUUUUUCCUUUAUGUUUCUUUUUCCUAUGUGAAGUAAUAAAAUGAAGUGACCGAUC